AAGAACUGCAUUCCACAAGACGGAGUUCUUAAUUGCAGCUCCUGCUAUAAGACUUUCCACAUGGAACCACAUAUAAAUUCUUCAGAUUACUCUUACAGUGAUGAGGAAUGGAAUGAUACUUUUGAAUAUGCUUUGUAUGAAGAGAUAUGUGUCAAAGAAGAGGUAAGACGUUUCAGAAAGUCAUUUCUACCUGCAUUUUACUCCAUUGUUUUCCUCGUUGGACUGGCCGGAAAUUCUUUAGUGGUUGCAAUCUAUGCCUACUUCAAGAAACUGAAGAGCAGGACAGAUGCAUACAUCAUGAAUUUGGCCAUUGCUGAUUUGUUAUUGCUUUUCACUCUCCCAUUCUGGGCUGCAAAUGCUGCACAUGGAUGGGUGCUUGGCCUCGCUUUGUGCAAAAUAACCUCUGCUAUGUACACCUUGACUUUCAGUGCCAGAAUGCAGCUUCUGGCUUGCAUCAGCAUGGAUAGAUACAACGCCAUCAUCAAACCCCAGAGCCAGCAAAGAGUUACAAAGAAAUGCAGCAAAACCUGUUCUGUCGUCUGGAUGGCUGCCAUGUUGCUAUGUGUCCCUGAGCUAAUGUUCAAUACUAUCAUAGAGCUGCAUGGCAGAUCUGAAUGUCUUCCUGUAUUUCCGAAGAGCCUUGGGGUAAUGCCUAAAGCAACCAUUCAAAUCUUGGAAAUCACUCUGUGUUUCGUAUUGCCUUUCCUCAUCAUGGUGAUCUGCUAUUCAGCUAUUGCCAGAGCUCUCCUUAAGAGCCCCAGCAUUAAGAAGUCCCAUCCCCUGAAAGUUCUUGCAGCAGUCGUCUCUGCCUUCAUCCUCACCCAGCUGCCUUACAACAUUAUCAAGCUUUGCAGAGCCAUAGAUAUUAUCUUCCACCUGAUUACAGACUGCAACAUAAGCAAUACCAUCGAUGUUGCCUUCCAGGUCACUAAGAGUAUUGCCUUGUUUCACAGCUGCCUAAACCCCAUCCUGUAUUUUGUUAUGGGAGCCUCUAUCAAAACGUACAUGGUGAAAAUAGUGAAAAAUUAUGGCUACUGGCAAAGACAACAAAGCACAGCAACUGAAGAGAUUCCCAUGGGCCACGAGGAAUCUGCAGAGCAAACAAGCAGCUUCACUAUCUAGAAGACUGGGAGAAGGAGGGUAGUUCACUGUACCCCCUGUUAGCUACUCAGUGUUUAGACAGUGGGGGCUGACUUUGAGAUAACAGAAUGUAAGCACUCCUUGGCAUGGGACUGCAUCUUCAAAUACUUGUUUAAACUGGCAGGGUGAUGCAGGCCAAGUCAAGCAGAAAUCUUGGCGCCAUCGGUUUUCUGAACACUCCUAGCGUGGCACAGCUUUUCUGAUCUUGGUUUCAGUUUAUUGUACAAUAUAUCAUCUGCUUUCUAUAGAUUACUCUUUGAGGAGCUAAGGAUUGGAAAGACAAAAGUCAGACACAGCUUAAAAAACAUGGGAAGGGAUGCAUGAGAGAUGUGCGCAUGUGGAGAGGAGGGAUCAAAAGUACCCGAAAAGUUGUUAUCUGCAGGGCUGAUUUUUUUCUCUAGCAGCCUGGAUCAGGGAAAGUCAGGUUUUCUUUUUUCGUGUAUUGUACCCAGCAUCCUGAUGCUGUGGGCAGUAUGUCUUCCUGCUCCUGCCAACCAGCCACAUGGAUAGGGAAAGGUGAAAUUGCACUGUAAUUAGUGCAAUCUUAAACAGAAUUACAUUCUUCUAAAUCUGCUGAGUUCAAUGGAAUUAAAGGAUGUAAUUUUGCUUAGGAUUGCACUGUAUGUUUUGUCACAUGUUACAGAUGUUGCUUUUAAACACAGCUUUAGUCUUAUGUCUUGCCCGGGCAACCACAGUUAAAGCAGGCACUUAGCUAAGUUUCUCAACUGAAUUAACAGCUUAUUUUUGUUAACUACAAUCUGUUUAAGGCACUAAAAAUAUCUUUCCGGUUACUAAGUUGUUUAAUGCCAACAAUACAUAAAUGCAGACAUCUGUAUUCAAGUGGAUUUUUAUCAUUCCAAAGUUUUUAAAAUUAAAGACACAAUGAAUUUCUGCAUUUUGAUGCAACUAAUUACAUCAGAAACAGAAUAUAGUCAGGAUUUGCAGAAUUUUCUUGGAAUUUAUAUGUAAAGAUGUCUACAUCACAGGUAGUAAUGGUCUUGAAGAAUACUGCUAAUGUAUUUUGAUACUUGACACAAAACGGCGUUUCACAAUCAAGACAACGUAUAGUUGUACACUUUGCCAAAAUGCUUUAAACACAUUUUUAAAAAACAUAAUAAAUAAAAGUUUUUAAAAACUG